GCUCUAAUCUGCGUGGUCCCCGGAUUCCACACUCCAACCCCGAUCCAAAUCUGCUUAAACCUCUAAACCUCCUCAUAUCUUUCUCGCGGCCGCCUCUUUGUUUUUGGUUUACGAAGCCUCGUCUUCUCCUCCUUCGCCUCGCGGCUGCCGUUGCUCCGCCUGUUGCUUGGGGAUAACAAGGACUCGAGGGACUGAAUUUAGGAGGGUGAGGAGAUGUCUGAAGAUGAUAUCAGCAGGCUAUUCCGGAUACGAAGGACGGUGAUGCAAAUGCUGAGGGACCGUGGUUAUCUUGUUCUUGACCUUGAAAUUAACAUGAACAAGCGCCAGUUCCUAGAGAAGUUUGGUGAAGGUGUGAAGCGGGAGGACCUGGUUAUCAACAAGGCCAAGAAGAAUGAUCCUGCGGAUCAGAUUUAUGUUUUCUUUCCAAAUGAUGCAAAAGUAGGCGUUAAACAAAUAAAGCAAUAUGUUGAGCGGAUGAAAGCAGAGAAUGUUGUUAGAGGAAUAUUAGUUGUUCAGCAAGCUCUGACUCCAUUUGCAAGGCAAUCACUGGCAGAAGUGUCUCACAAGUAUAUGUUGGAGGUUUUUCAGGAUUCUGAGCUUUUGGUCAACAUUAAGGAGCAUGUACUUGUUCCUGAGCAUCAGGUGCUAACGGCUGAGGAAAAGAAAACGUUAUUGGAGCGUUAUACUCUAAAAGAAACUCAGCUUCCUCGAAUUCAAGUUACUGAUCCGAUAGCCAGAUACUAUGGCCUGAAGCGUGGACAAGUGGUCAAGAUCAUCCGACCCAGUGAGACUGCAGGCAGAUAUGUGACAUAUCGAUAUGUUGUAUGAGUCAUGCCAUAGCUAGAAAUCCUCUGGUGAUGCUCCUGGUGGUAAACCCAAGCUAAAGACUUGUAAUAUGUAGCUAUUUGUGUGCUCUAGCUUGAUGAUGUUUAAAUUAUGCUGUAGAAUCUUCUUUUCCCUCCUAUGGUAGUAAUUGAAGUCAUGUACUUUGUUUGCUGUCGUAAACCUAAAUGUAGUUUGUCCAUCAUAACCGUUGGGUUUUGAUUGCUGCUUAAAUAAGUAAGGAGUCCUUAAUCCUGUCAAUAUAAAUUUAGAUGGUGGAUAUGGUGGUUUCGUUUUUCCAGUAAUUGAAACAUUAAUUAGUCACA